GGGAGUGGGUCUACAGGUAUAUAGGCUCCAUUGGCCAUGUGCAUUCUGCCUGCUGCAGUUCUCCUCACAAACUGGGAGCUGGGGCAAGUGAAUGCAGAGCCACCCCUGGAGCUGUCCUCAUGGAAAGUCAAAGAAGCCAGUCACAAGCUUUCUCUUCCAGCAUCUCUUUGGCCAGACUGACAGUGGACAACCCUCAGGUCACUCACCACCAAGGAAAGUGGGUAAGGGGGCAGUGGGUAGGGAGAGUGUGUUUCAGUGUUUCAGGUGAAAGCAGAAGCCAUGAUGGUGUGGGAGACAAGAACUCAGGAGGUUCUCAGAUUGUGCUCUUUGGUUUUGCACCCCACUUGCUGGAGCUUGGGGAGUCUUCAAACUUACCCCAAGAGCAGCAUGUGAAAACUAGAUCUUUGCUCCUCUCCCACAAGCCAGCUCCUGGCACAGGUCUCUUUCCCACCCUCACUCUGUUCCUGCCCUACCUCCUUCCUUGACUUUCCCCACCUUGUUCCAUCCCAUUCUCUUGGCAUGAAUUCGGGCCCUCAGUAUUCAUGACUUCCUGCCAGAUUCUCUUUCUCCAUGUGGUUGCUGAAUCCUGGUGUUUCUUUCUUUGGAAGACCUAAUAACUUCACCCUCACAAUGAUAUCUACUAUAGUCCCCAUCCUCAGCUCAUUUGAACUUUUUCUUGACAGUCAUCUCUCCCAUUUAUUGUAUCCUCCGUCCAGAUCCACCCACUCAUUAGAAGAUCAUUGUGGCACUUCAUUGACCUCAGGAUAAGGCCAGAUACCCCAGCUGUGCCAGGACAAGCAAGUCUUGAGCACUCUUGCUACCUUACCCCACUUCCACCCCCAGGGCAGACCCCAGUGCCUUUCCCAUGGAACUCAGCCUGGACAUGAGAAACCUUCUCUGGAUGACACUACAGACACCAAUAUCUGUCAUUGCCGGGGUCACUGGAAGCAUGGAGCUGAAGAGGGGAAAGACCUUCAUCAAAUCCAGCUUGCAGAUUUCCCAUGAGAAACCCCCAGACCCUGCAGCCACUGCUGUAGCCAGGGAGGAUGCAGGUCCCUGGUCAGUCUCGUUGGGAGGGCAGCAGAGACCACAUUGUGAGAAGGGUUCUGAAGCCAGCUCCAGCAUCCAAGGGUAUGAUCGGUGCCUCAACAAAGGGGCACAGACUGACCCUGAAGGAGGUCAAGCCACCUUAAAAUUGGUACGGAAGAGCAAGACUCAUGAGAGUGUUCCAGGGGCCAGCAAGGCAGCAACCACCCCAGGACAGCUGGUGGGUAGCACAAGCUUCCCAGGGCCCUCUGGCAGCCAGCGCAUGAUUGACUACCGCCACUUUGUGCCCCAGAUGCCCUUUGUGCCAGCUGUGGCCAAGAGUAUCCCAAGGAAGAGGAUUUCUCUGAAACGGCCCAAGAAGUGCUUCCGGAACCUAUUCCACAUCCGCAGAAACAAGACAGAGAACUUGGCCUCACUGGCAGCCAAAGGGAAGAGCCUGUCCUCCCCGGGGGACCCAUCGGAUGCUGCAAGGCAGAGAGGGAAAACCUUCUUUUCCCAGGGCGAGGGGCUGGGGCUGGACGACCUGUGCCAGGACCUGUCUGACAGUGAGUUCCUGCCUGACUCACCCUUCGACCUCUGCAGUGCCCUGUGCGAGGAUGUAGCCUCCCUGAAGAGCUUUGACUCACUCACAGGCUGCGGGGAGAUCUUUGCAGAUGAGAGCUCAUUGCCACCCCUGGAGCUGAGUGAAGGCCCCGAGAGCCCAGGUCGGGUGUCCCAAGCCUUGGAAAGCAAGGAUCCCAGAGGCCCUUCCCAAGACAGUGUGGAACAGCUGGCAUCACCUGCCCAGAAUGAGGUGUUGGAUUUCACCAGGUUCUGGGACAGUGUGAAUCGCUCUGUGAGGCAGCAGCAGCGUGCCCUGCUAGGCCCGUGGCUGGUGGGUCCUCAGGGGACAAACACAGACCAACCCAGGCUGGAUGUAACUGGGUUGGCAGAGUUGCCCCUGUUUCCCUGCAGGGGCCCCCCAAGUGGCUCCAAAGCCAGCUCCGUAGACACAGGCACCCCCAAAAGUGAGCAGCCAGAAUCUGUGUCUACGAGUGAUGAAGGUUAUUAUGACUCCUUCUCCCCUGGCCUUGAGGAGGAUAAGAAAGAGGCCCCAAGCCCAGGAACACCUGCAGCUGCCUUCCCUAGGGACAGUUACAGUGGGGAUGCCCUUUAUGAGCUCUUCUAUGACCCCAGUGAGGCCCCUGUCGGCCCAAGCCUGGACGAUGACUUGUGUGUGUCUGAGAGUCUGUCAGGACCAGCCUUGGGGACACCACUGUCCAUGUGUAGCUUCCAUGUGGGGGCUGAGGAGAACCUGGCCCCAGCACCAGGCCCUGACUUGCUUAGCCAGGGCUUCCUGCAAAGCUCUUGGAAGGGCAAGGAGUGCCUGCUAAAGCUCUGUGACACAGAGCUCGCUAUCACCAUGGGCAUUGUCAACUGGCUUCGCCGAGCUCCACCUGCCCCAGCCCCUGCCCCUGGGGAGCCUGCAACCUCAUCUGGUCCACAGAGGGCCCCUAGAGGACCGGCAGAGAAGCUAGAGGGCAGCGGGGAACAGGCCUCAGAUGCAGGCAGGGCCACAGUGUGCUCAGCACCUAGCAGACAGCAGCUGUGGGCUCACCCAGGCACUAAAGGCCUGCUUGUCAAAGAGAGUAGUGUCCCAGGGGAGACUGUAAGGGGGACUGGCACCCCCUCCAAGAACUCCUCUCUAGAGGAAGAGACACAAGGCUACCCUAAUGGCUUGAUCUCCUCUGUGGGGUCUUCAGCCUCUACAAGAGACAUUUCCAGUAAAGGCAAGGCUCCCAACUCCACUGCCUGGCCUGGCUCACAGAAGGAACCCAGGCCACCUGAGAACCUGAGGAAUUCUCAAGGGCCAUGGAGGCCAGGUCCCGGGGGAAGUGCUCUGGAUGUAGGGCCCACCUUGGCUGGCUAUGUGGCCCGUGUGGCAGCCUUGCAGAUCCACCCAGACAGCCAGCCUCCAAGGCAGGACAUAGGCAGUGGACCCUUCAGGCAGUCUCCAGCCUGGGGCCCUGACCUUCUGCAGCAGAAACAGACCAGCAGUUCUCCCAAUGGGGUAGCUGUCUGUGGCCUUCCCAUCCAGAACAGCCCACAGGACCAGAGGUGUCAAGGCCUCAUCCUGAACCUGAGCCAGCUCAAAUUGGAACCCACCAGACUGGGUGCCCAGACCUGUGCCUCGGUGGAGGGCCAGUCACUGCAGCUCAGUCCCAGGGCUGUGGCACAGGCAGGAGGACACAGGGGUCAGCUGGACUCUGAAUCUCCCUCAGGCCCUACUGCUGGGCGGAAUCCCCGGGGAUAUCCCCCAGAAAUCCUGGGCCUCACUUUGAACAGUCAGCGGUAGGUGGGCUCCUCUGCAAGUGUCCUCACAUGCCGCCACCGUCUCCUGACCCAAGAAGGCCUCCCUUGAGGCUAGUUGGAAGUUGGGGCUUCCAGGCAAACCAUGAUGGAGCCCCAUCUGUAAAACAAGCUCACCCUCCUCAGGAGCUGCAUCUUUACAGUCAUAUUCAGGAGAACCAAGGAACCAAAUUUCCAUCUUUUGUCUGAAAUUGGAGGACUGUGUUGGGGGGAAGGGGCAGGACUUAGUCAAAUGGGGGGAGGGGUGGAUUUUCAUGUGGAGGCAUUCGUGCCUGAAUCCAAAGUCAAGGACAACUCAAAACUGUGAACACCUAGCUGCUCCUCAUGCAGUAUGUCAGAGAGGAGUUCAGACUUGGGACCAAUGGGAAAAAAAAAAAUGGUCCACACUGUAAAAUGAGAGGAGGCUAAGAGAGCCUAUGUUUCUGCAUGGGUAUGAGAAAAGGGUGAGCUUCAAGGCCUGGAGCAGGAAACAGAUGGGGGUGAGUGAACAUUAAAAGGCUUGUGCUAGGGACUAUGAAGCCAAACCAGUCCCAUCCCAGCAAGAGCCCUGAAUCAGCCAAGGUCCUGCAUUAUUAUGCAACACUGCCAGGGCUAGCCAAAACUUGCCAACCCUUGCUGAUGGGUGUUACUGGAUUUUCUGUGACAAAUUAACCUGUGUGAGUAAUGAUUUCCUUCAACUUGCACUCUCCAAGUCAUGGAGAGCCAAAAAAGCCAAAUGCUCUUUGAGAAGAAGCCCAUUUUUUUUCUUCCCAAAUCUGCAAUUCUACAUUUGAGUGGCAAAGGCCUUUCUCUCUGCCCCCUCCACACUCUCAGCAUCCCCAUUCCCUCUUUCAGGAAAACUUGCCUUGGAAUGGGUUGUGCCCCCACUCCAAAGGCCACAGCACAAAAACAUUCAGAACCAUGAAGGGAGAAGACAGCUGGUGUCCCCAGGAAGGGCAGUUGUCCGUUCUGGCCCAGUGUCAGGGAAGCAGGUGCAAGGACAGACGACCCACUUGCUUUCUACAGGAUUAACUUCCAUCUCAGCCAAAACACUGCAGUCAGAGGCAAAGGAUGGGGCACCACAGGCAGCUGUGAAAUUUGUUUCCAGGGGAAAGUGGGUGGAUCAGAUUGUAGACAAACUGUAAGAGAAAUCACCUUUCAUGAAGAGCUUCCAUGGGUAGGGAAGAGAGAUGAACCAGUCCCAACUGUGGGAAGAAGACAGAGGAGGAAUUUCAUACAAAGACUGCAGUCCCAUAAGGUAGAACAGAGAUGGUGCCUCUCCUGAAUGUCUGACAUUUGAUUUCAGUCUAGAAAUUCUGUGGCCUUCCUUCAGCAGCUCUCUGAGACAUGCUGUGUGCAGGAUGUAGGCUGGAUACUGCAGGUUUAAAAAGGUACAGAACUGCUCUUGAUUGGGCCCAUCCAGAUCUGGGACAAGGGGGAGGUUUAAGGCCACCUCUCCUGCACAGCCACAUCUGAAUCGUCCUUCCAGGCCCCACACACAUGAUCACAACGUUAAUGAGCCUGGCUGCGAGCAGGUUUAUGUGGGGAUCAGUCUGCCCGAACCCUGCGUCAUCCUAAAAAUGCAAUUCUUAUCCUUUUCAGAUCUCGACACAGAUGCAGAGUCCCUGUGACUUGCCCAUGGACACAUAACAGAUAGCGUGUGGGGUUGGUCAGGUUACCAUGCCACUCCUGGUUCCAAAAGCCCUGCUCUUUGGCAGGCUCUGGAAUCUCUUGCUGAAUUCUCACAGCAAAAGCCCACCUCAGAGCCUUCCCCCAUCUUUCUGGAAGCAGGCUGAGACCCGAGGGAGAGUCCACCCUCCCUCAAUCAUAGCCUUUGUAUUGUAUCUGGCUUUGUAUUGUAUCUGACAGAGUGAGUGCUCAGUAAAUAUGUGUUGAAAGAAUGAAGCGUCAAAAUGUUGAAUAUGUGAAUAUGCUUUUCUCAUUUCUUGUUGACCAUGAUCCGUGUAGGGAGAGAAACAGAGUAAGUUUAAACAUGACUUUUCUUGAGAGCCAAAUGCCUUUCUCAUGGCAGGGGAUAGUGAUUCCUCAUCAGGACUUUGAGUCAUAGUCACUUGUGGUGACUGGGAAGAACCUAAGAGUAUUUGAAAGGACAGGAACCAAGGCCAUCCAGCCCAGAAAGGGGGCCUAGAAUUAGCAGGGAUGGGGAACCAAUGGGCACCCAAGGACCCAAAGCCAUGGCAAGGUUUGGUCUGCAGUGACCCAGCAGCAGAGCUAAGGAAACACAGAACCAGGGUCAUGCCUACCUGGGAGGAACCAAAAGGCCCAGUAGCUCUGCACCUGGGAAGGGGUUUAAACAACCCCAGCUCUUCAGAGAUUCUUAUUCAGCCAUCUCAGGCAGGGGUCCCCAAAAUGGCCCGCGAGCAACUUGCUGGAAGGAUGGAAGAGGUUAGUAUGACCUCACUUCAGGUAAUUUCUCUCCCCACACUCCACUCAGGCUGCCCUCCCCGGUAAGAGAAGUCCAAGAAGGGCCAGCCUAGCCAGACUCCACAGGCCUUAGGGUGACCCAAUGAGAAGAAAGAGGGACUUUGGUGUCAGCUAAGGUGUCUGAUCUUGUGCUGGGAAUGGAAGAGGCCUGGGUGGGCAUUUUCAGAACUCUCUGGUCAUUUCUUUCAUUCUUUCUUUUUUUCUCCUCCUCCUCCUCCUCCUCCUCCUCCUCCUCCCCCUCUCUAUCUCUAUAUCUAUCUCUCUGUCUCUCUCUCUCCUGAAA